AUGAACCAUAUUAUAGAAGAACUAAAAAGUGUUAAAAAAGCAGCAGAAUCCAGAACAAACACUUUGAAUAGGUCUAAAAUAUCUAAGAGAAUGAAAUAUGAUAUAUUAUUACAGAUAUUAGAGGAUUCUCUGUCUAAAGUCCAUUGUAAAUAUAUGCUGGACAUAACCAAUUCUAUUAUGUGCAAUGCCCCAAUAAACAAAAUAUUGCACACAGAGUUAACCCGUACAUUAGAGCUGUUUGAAAAAACAAAGAAGGAAGUAUUAAAAACCAUAAAGAGAACAGGCAAAGAUCCAAUAACAGAUGAUUAUAUAGGCCAGGUAGUAGACAUCUUACAAUACACCGUGGAAUAAGCUAUUAUAUCACACAACCAUACAGUAAAAUAUAAUAAAAGCACCAAA